AUGUAUUCUUCAAUGCCGAACCACUCUCUGCCAUUAGGUGGGCAUGGAGGAGAAUUCCAGGGGCCCUCAGAUGGCACCAAUUUGCCUGGGGAUGCCUGCCUUGUUCUCACCUCUGAUCCCAAGCCCAGACUGCGCUGGACUACUGAGCUCCAUGAAAGAUUUGUCGAUGCUGUCACUCAGCUUGGUGGUCCUGAUAAAGCAACACCAAAGACGAUUAUGAGAACAAUGGGUGUAAAAGGCUUGACUUUGUAUCACCUUAAGUCACAUCUUCAGAAGUACCGUUUGGGUAAGCAAGGAAACAAGGAGGAAACUGAUAACUUGAAAGAAGCAUCUUGCGUCGCUGAAAAUCAGGAUAUGGGUUCAUCUAUGUCAACUUCAUCAAGAAUGAUGGCACAAGAUAUAAACGACAGUUACCAGGUUACUGAGGCUUUGCGAGUUCAGAUGGAAGUUCAAAGAAGACUGCAUGAGCAGCUGGAGGUUCAGAGUUGUCUCCAGCUCCGAAUUGAAGCACAAGCCAAGUAUCUUCAGUCAAUCCUCGAGAAAGCUUGUAAGGCUCUUGAUGAUCAUACUGUGGCCUCUGCCAGGUUAGAAGCUGCUGGGGAAGAACUCUCAAAGCUGGCAAUCAAAGUUAAUGACUGCAAUGGCAUUAUGGCGGUCGACCCUCAUGUAUCAGAGGUUUCCAUGUUAAAGGAGAAAAAAAUCGCGAAUGAUCACAGUUUCAUCUCGAAUGGAUGCCAAGUUUCUCCUACAGUUUCCAAUUCACAGGAUGCUGCACCGAGGAAAAGACCACGUCCCAUUUUUAGUAAUGGGGAUGUGGUGCCUCUUGAGAACAGUACAAGGUCGAUGGAGUGGACGAUGUCAAAUAUUGGAUGAAUAGCACAGUAUAGUUUAGUUUCAGUACAAGACAUCAAGAGCAAUUCCCAGAAUGCAUGUGCUAGAAAUCUAAAUACCAUUCACAUCGGCCAAUCAUACAGAUUCGUAAUGAAAUCAAAGAAACAAAAGCUCCACCACCAAGAUAUGUUCGUCCUGUUGAACCAAUUUAUUGCACGUAUCUCCAAAAUGACAAUGUCCGGUUAGGGAUGCUAACGGGUCAAGCAGAGCUCAGCUCUUGUCCAAAAAACUCUCUGGGUUCGUUCUAGUGGUUCAUGGGUAGAGCAGAGCGGGCCCACAAGCCACACCUUUUUUUUUUUUGAAAAGCUUUUUGAAACUGUCGUCUUUUUUCAGGCUUGAAAAU